AUGUUCUCGUUGAACGAACGUCGAAGCCAGUAUCCGCAUCGCCUGGCAGUUGCCUUUGGGCCUCCUUUCGAAGCAUCGAAGUCACUAGAAGCUUUUGCUGAUGACUCCGCCGGUUGGGAAAAGACCGCUUCUUAUGCUGAGGUGACCUCAAGCGAUAGGAAACUGGUUUUCAUGUUUGGGGGUCAGGGAUCACAAUGGUAUGCCAUGGGAAGGCAGUUAAUGGAAUGCGAAACCGCUUUCAGAGAGGCAAUUUUGACUGUUAGCAGCUUACUGAGAGAUAUGGGACAGACGUGGUCACUUGAAGACGAAUUGAUGGCACCAGAAGACAUUUCGCGAAUAUCGGAAAACUACAUUGCCCAGCCAGCCACGUUCGCUGUACAGUACGCAACCGCACAGCUGCUUAAGUCCUGGAAAGUCCAUCCGUCUGCUGUUAUUGGUCACAGUUUAGGAGAGUUCGCAGCUGCCUGUGUUGCUGGAAUCAUCACAGUCAAGGAAGCACUUCAGCUGGUACUAACUCGCUCCACUCUUCAAGACAAAUGCCCAAGCAAUGGAAGUAUGGCUGCCCUGGGCAUGCCUGAGAUAAAGGCCAGGGAACUGCUUUUCAAUCUAAGGUUAAGCGCCACCCUCGACAUCGCGGCAGUUAAUGAUGCAAAAAGCGUCACUGUAGCUGGUGAGUCGCAGUCCAUCGAGGCAUUGGGACAACAUCUUUCGAUGAACGCAAGAGAUGUUUUCUGGCGUGUUCUUGGAACAAAUCGUGCAUUUCACAGCUCACACAUGGAACCCAUCAAGCAACCAUUUCAGGCAGCUAUGAAAAUUGUACAGCUAAACCCUCAACUAUCGAAGAUUCCAAUGUACUCUACCGUUGAGGGCGAAGUUGUCUCGGGUCAGCAGUUAAACAGCGAUUAUUGGUGGCGAAAUAUACGCUGUCCUGUUCGCUUCUACUCGGCAAUGAAACAUCUACUGAGAGAUGGUUACAAGCAGAUAAUUGAGAUCAGCACGCAGCCAAUUCUUGCCCACUACGUAAAACAGAUAGCUCUUCAGGAGAAUUUGACGGAACAGGAAAGGCCCGUUGUUGUCGCAACUCUUCCACGUAAGAGAGUGCCCAUCAAGGAGCAACACAAAUGCUUUCUUCAGAACACAAUAUGCAGAUUGUAUACCAUGGGAUUUCCCGUAGACUGGACCUUGGUACAGGGGAGCCAAUCAGCCAGGUUUAUCCGGUCCCCAACAUCUCCAUGGCUGGAAAACAGUUUUUGGUACAGGGAACAACCACCGCAAUCAACAGUCCACCCAAUUAGCUCUAAGGAAACCUUAUGGAAGCCAACACAUCCUUAUCUGGCACAAGUCAAAAUGACCGACUUAUACUCAGGCCUGCACUGCUGGGAGACUGAGAUUGACCUUUUCAAUUUUCCAUCUCUAAAGGACCACGCCCUUAUUGAAGGAGGUGCCGUGAUGCCCGGGGCUGCUUACCUGGAGAUGGCCUUUGCAAUGGUAAAGGACGAAUUCGUACAUACUUCUGGCCUGGAACUUGGUGAUGUGAAACUUUCAAGUCUUCUCACUCUUCCUGAAACACAGGUAAGCGUAGUAUACACAUAAAUUAGAGACAAGCCACAUCAGCUAGGUUGAGGUUAUUGCAACUUUUUAUCCUUUGUUCUUUAGGUUAGAUCCUUACGACUUCGCCUUUUAAAGACCGACAAAAUAGACAAGGCUCAGUUUCACAUUACAAGCGUGCAAGACGACCAGUCUGAAAUUAUUUUGAGCAGUGGAAACAUCUCGGUCGAUUUCUUGGACACAAAAACAAACAGCGAGGAAGAAGGUAUUAUAAUAUUCAAAUGCGUUUGCGAUUCUCCAUUUAUAGCCUAUUUAUUUAUCCACCCAUUUAUAGUCAUGAUUGCAAGAGACUAUAACUAUCACAUAGAAAUUAAAAGGAGACAUUUCCCCGUUUUGGCCUUUUACAGCUUGUAAUCAAGUUGGCCCAGCCGUCAACGAGCUAAUCAGAAAUAUGAAAGAGGUGCCGAUUGAAGGAUUCAGAGAAUUAACUCAAAAGUAUGGCUUUCAGUAUGGUGGUGCCUACUCCAUCAUCAAACAGACAUGGCACCGCGAGCGCGAGGGACUUUGUCUGAUCGAUAUCCACGAAUCAGCCAUCGUUCAAUCAGAAAGUAAAAAUUAUGUUGUCCACCCCUCCAUUUUGGACGCGUGUCUGCAGUCUUGCUUUAUCCCACUUGGAAUCUCAGCUACUGAUGAAAAAUCUGUUUUACCGGUGGGAUUUAAGGGCAUCACGCUGUAUCAUGUUCCAAAUACCAAUCAACUCUAUUGUCACGUCGUUGAGGAUGCCAAAGAGUUCGGGAAAUUCGACAUCACGCUUAUGAGUCCAUCUGGAAGGGUUUUACUAACUAUGAGAGAGUUCCGUAUCGCAGAAUUGAACAGCACACCACGCCGAUUUACUUCUGAUGGCCUUGUUUAUGAAAUGAAGUGGAUGGAAGAGAAUUUACAAGGACAAAGAGCAAUGGCGCCAAACUUGACCUGUCUUCUUCUCAGGGACAGCUCCCUUUCUCAGACAUCCUAA